ACAACCCUGAUAAGGUUAUAAAGCGUAUGGAGUCAAUGAAUCUUACUGAAGUUGGAUGUAGAACCCAUACAUUUGCAGCUUUGGAGAGAAUGGAGAACGAGUAUUUUACUCCGGAGAAAGGAGAUCGUCCUGACGCUAUCAAUAAGGUCAUUGUGUUGUCAGAUGGAGUAACUAAACCUAGUAGCAAGGAGAGUAACACAUUUAACAAUGCGGAUUCUCUAAGAGCCACCGGUGCAGAAAUUGUGGUGGUCGGUCUACCUCAGGGUUGUCCUCCGGAUAAACCUAAAUGUGUAGAAAAAGUCAUUGGACAAGAUGAAUGGAUGGCUAUUUCUAGAGCUGAUGAGGAUCCAAAUCUGUUGCUCAACAUAUUAAACACAGACUUCACCAAACUCAGAGAAACAAUUAUAAAUAUUGGAAAUAAGGUCUGUGGUCCUGGAAGUGUUAAAAUAAAUUAAAUAGGACAAAUUAUUUUGUUGGAAUCAAAACAUG